CACCCGCCUAAUCAAGAGGCACAAUCAAAAAUCAACAAAAUCCCCAAGUGGAUCUUCGCCUAAUCAAGAGGCACAAUCAAUAAGAGAAUUCAAAAUCCCCAGAGGAUUCCCGCCUAAGAAAAAGCCAAAAAUCAAGAAUCCCCGGCAAAAGCCGGAUGGCUAA